AUGGGGGGGCUGAGGCUCGAAACCCGGGGGUUCAAGCAUGCAGGACCACCAGACAACUCGGGCCAACUGACAGCGCGCCGUCACGAGCCCACCCCCGCCAGCCACCAACCUACCGUGCCUACCCACCUACCUACCUGCGCUUCCCGGAAGCUCCCGUCGACGGCGCCUCUGGAUGACGUCACCGGCGGACAGCCAAUCGCAGCCCGCGGGCGCGGCUCGGCGUCGCGGGCGCAGCGCGUCACUUCCGGUCCCGAGUGCGCCCUUGCUUCUUGCCCUCACCCGGCAUGGCGGAGGCCGUGCGAGCCGGGCGUUUCCCGCGCCCGCGCUGAGCCGCCCGCGGGCCGGAGCGUCUGCCCACAGAGAGGCGGGGCGCGCCCGGGACGCCCCGAGCUGGCGCGGGAGGGGUGCGGUGGCGGGCCCGCGCGGGGGAAGCAGCGCCCGCGUCUCCCGCGUGCCGGCGGCGUUCGGCCUCCCGGGCCCAGGCUGGGGGAAGCGCCGGGAGCGGCGGCGGCCCUCGGGCCGGCGGGGGAGGCGAUGGCGGCGCCGGCGCCGGGGGCCGCGGCUGGGGCCGGCGCUGGGGCCGGGGCCGGGGCCGGGGCCGUGGCGGGGGGCGCUGGCGGCGGCGGCGGCGGGGCGAGCGCGGGCGCGGGGGCGAGCGCGAGCUGGAGCGCCGGGGCCCGGCUGCCCGGCCGGGUGCUGGAGCUGGUCUUCUCCUACCUGGAGCUGUCGGAGCUGCGGAGCUGCGCGCUGGUAUGCAAGCACUGGUACCGCUGCCUGCACGGCGACGAGAACAGCGAGGUGUGGCGGAGCCUGUGCGCCCGCAGCCUGGCCGAGGAGGCGCUCCGCACCGACAUCCUCUGCAACCUGCCCAGCUACAAGGCCAAGGUACGAGCUUUCCAACAUGCCUUCAGCACUAAUGACUGCUCCAGGAAUGUCUACAUUAAGAAGAAUGGCUUUACAUUACAUCGAAACCCUAUUGCACAGAGCACUGAUGGUGCAAGGACCAAGAUUGGUUUCAGUGAAGGUCGCCAUGCUUGGGAAGUAUGGUGGGAGGGCCCUCUGGGCACUGUAGCAGUGAUUGGAAUUGCCACAAAGCGGGCCCCCAUGCAGUGUCAAGGUUAUGUGGCAUUGCUGGGCAGCGAUGACCAGAGUUGGGGCUGGAAUCUGGUGGACAAUAAUCUACUACAUAAUGGAGAAGUCAAUGGCAGUUUUCCACAGUGUAACAAUGCACCAAAAUAUCAGAUAGGUGAGAGAAUUCGAGUCAUCUUGGACAUGGAAGAUAAAACUUUAGCCUUUGAACGUGGGUAUGAGUUCUUGGGGGUUGCCUUUAGAGGACUUCCAAAGGCCUGCUUGUAUCCAGCAGUUUCUGCUGUAUAUGGCAAUACAGAAGUGACUUUGGUUUAUCUUGGAAAACCUUUGGAUGGAUGACAGUGGCUUUCUAAGGAUGAAAGACAGAGUAGAGGAGAUAUUGCUUGUGGAAAACAAAAUCAUGAAGUGACAGUGUCAUACAUGCAUGCCCAAGAAACAUCCUGAAAAACACAUGAAAUUGUUAACUGGAGAAGCAACUCUACAGCAAAGAUUAUCUUCGUAUUUCCUCUUUCUACUGGGCCAGAAAAAUCCUCAGGGUUGCAGUUGGUUGAGUGGGCAGUUGACAUGCAUGUUGCAACAGAUGUUGUCUCUAAGUUAGCAAUGUGUUAUUUCCAACUCAUAAGGUGAGGCUUUAGAAAGCUAUAAAAGGGUAAGAUAAGGAAGUAGCAAGGUUUCUAAGUAGUGUGUUUGUGAAGAAAGACUGAUCCUGUUUUACAACUGCCUGUUUUUUCUCCAGACCCUUUCCCUAGCCAGCUUGACUAUAAGAAAAAUAUGAAACUGGUUGGGUUUUAUUUAAUAUUUUUAACAUAUCGAGAAGCAUGGUCUGCCUGGACUGCACUUCUCUAACGGUGAGAUAUAAAACUGUGCAGCUAUUUUAAAAGUUGUAUAUAUAUUCUGUGUGUAAAAAAACUUUAAAAAAAGGGACAGAGGGGUUGCUUUGUUCUAGUUCAAUUUCUUAAAACCACUACAUGGUACAAAAACAUUUAGGAAUAAUUGGACAACUAACAAACAAAGAAGAGAAUUUUAAUAGGAGAUUGUUUUAUUGGCUUUUUAUAUUGUAAUUGACAUAUAGUUCCCAUACUGUUGCAAGUCUGGAUUUUUCUUUAACCACAAAAAUUAUUUUAAAGAUCCCUCAAGAUCCUGGCUAAGAUUGAGGGAAGGCCAAUCUAUUUCUAAUAAUAAUGUUAUCUAUAAAAUAAUAAUAAUAAUGUGUAUCUUGUAUCUUUUGGGGGAUUUUUUUUCUUUUGAGAAAGUGUCUGACAACAUUGCAAUUUACUCAUAUAGGCCUCAGAUAUGAAAGCUGUUAAUCACAGACCUUAGGAAAAGAAUUGAUAAUGGUUCUUUUAUUUUAUAACUUUAUAAUGCUGUAGAUAUUAUAUAUUUUUAAUUUCAUAUUGUUUACAUCAUGCAACAAUCUAAGCCUCAGACUCUUCAUUGGGAUAAUAAAAAAGAGUUUACUUGCUUCAAAAGCAGUGUUAACCUGAAUCUAGGUUAAUAAUGUUCUUAAUCUCAUGAUAGGUAAUCGCCCCCAUGGGACUU